UAGGGAGAGAAUGAAGAUCUCAAAAUUGCACAGAUGAGAAAAAUUUCCCUUUUGAUCGCAAAGGUGAAUUACUUUCCUACAAGGUCUUAUAAUCUGGAACAUUUUGUGAUGUUUCUAGUUAUGGUUGAUGUGCAGGCAAGGAUUACCAACAACCAUGAAGUUCUUGAGAUUGGCUGUGGUUGGGGAAGCCUCGCACUGGAAGUUGUCAAGCAAAUCGGAUGUAGAUAUACUGGAAUUAUGCUAUCAGAAGAGCAACUAAAAUAUGCCCAAGAAAAGGUUAAAGAAGCUGGUUUAGAAGACCACAUUAAACUUCUUUUGUGCGACUACCGCCAACUGCCAAAGUUUCAGAAGUAUGAUAGGAUAAUAUCUUGUGGGAUGCUAGAAGUUGUUGGGCAUGAAUGCAUGGGAGAGUUCUUUGGCUGCUGCGAGUCCUUAUUGACUGAAGAUCGAAUUUUUGUUCUUCAGGUUUUACAAAUAUUUCUACUUUAUUUCUUUUAUUACCUUCCUUUUUGUUUUAUAAUAUGUUUCAUAUUACAACAUACAAGAAGUCAUUAUCUUGACACCUGA